UAGCAAACUCAGCAAAACUUUUGCUGAACAAAUUUAGUAUUGCUGCUGUCGUUUUAUUAAUGUUCUGAAUUCUCAAAAUAAUUACAUAUAAUGAAUUUUAGUAACGAAGUCGAUAGCGUCAAAAAGACGCUUAUUGAAAACGCGCAUUUGAUGAGGACAUUCGAAAAUAGUAGAUACAAGUUAAGUUUGAAAAUAUUUUGCCGUUUGUAACUUUUCUUGUUUUUUCUUGUUAAUGAAGGCAGCAAAGAAGAAAAUUGUGAUAUAAUAAAAAAGUUCAAUGAUGAAAUCGAAAAAAAACGCCUGGAGAUGGGAGAAGCAUUAAUUGGACUAAAAGCAAGACAAAAAGCCAUACGUUGGAAGAAUUCGAAGCGAAAUAUAAGGAAUUUCAAAAAACCGAAGACGAAAAUUGCAUAACCGCUAAAAUGUUGUCAGAGUUCGCGGAUUUUAAACAAGAAAUGUUGAAUUGUCCAAGCACUUCCCAUGCCGAUGAUAAUACAGAAAUUGUGGAAGACGAUACCAAUGUUUUUUCCAUGUAUGAUCCAUGGACGAAAGGUUUAAUGUUGAAUCCCGUGCGCAACAAAAAUUGCGGACAUCAUUAUGAUCGAGAUUCGGUGAUGGCGGCCAUAAAAGAUAGUUUGAGUGUAAAGUGUCCAAUUGUUGGCUGUGUUAGCAACAUUUUCGUUCAACACAAUCAUCUGGUUUCCAAUGAAGCAUUAAAACAAAGGAUUCACACUUAUAAAGCCCAGCAGGGAGAAGAGGUUACUAAUGAUGACAAUUAAUGAA